AUGGACCUGCAGAACCACGACAACAAGAAUGCCAACAACAGUGACCAAGCAGAUGAGGGGAUGCAGCAUGGCCGAACUAGUGCUACUCGCACUAAUCAUCUGACCGCAAAUCUUACUACUAUUACCUCCACGCACAUUCCACCUACACCCAACAGACUUGCGGGUGGGAAUGUGAUUAUUCCUUAUUCUACCAGGAAUACUGGUAGUCCUAUCUCUGAUACACUGCAGUGCUGCUGUGGUAGACGGGAUUGUGCAUACCUCAAGCAUAACAAUGUGGCUUUGGGCGAUUUGGAGAAGGAUUUAGAGACCGCGGCGAGAUUGGGGCAGGCCCUCCUCCAACGGCACGAGACGUACGUCUCCGACGCCGAAGCAGACCGAAACCGCAUGCUCCUCGAAAUGGAGCGACUAGAACGCGACAAGCGAGAAAUCCAAUCUGCGAAUGCGCGCAUAGUCGAGGAGAAUCGUCACUUACUUGAACAGCUGGAAACACUCAACAAUGCCGUUGCUACCUCGGACAACGAGAUUAGAUCUCUGGCUGAUCGGUUGCAGCAAGCUCAACUCGAAAUGAGAGCGUUGGCGGCUUCGGCGGCGCGGGCGGCAGAUUUGGAGAUUCAGUUGAAUGCCAUGGAGGCGGAGCAGAUGGAAUUACAGCAACAGCUCAUCCUGACGCAAGAAGACGAAAAAUCGGCGGUGCAGAGGUGGAAGAAGGCCGAGACGACGUUGAGAGAUCUACAGGAUCAGUUAGAUCGGCUUGAGUAUGAGGCGAGGAUGGAGAGGGAGGAACAUGCGCAGAUCAUUGAGCGUAUGGAACGGAGACGCGCUGUUGAGAGGGAGUUGGAUAGUGCUGCUGGUCGACUCAAGGGUGCUGCUGCUGCGUCGGCGGUUAUGGAUCGUAAUAGUAAUCGCAAUGCGACGACGCCGGUUGUAUCCAAGUUUGUGCGUGAUAUACUUCAGGAUAACGCGAAUUUGCAGAUGGGUAUUGUCGAGUUGCGGGAGUUAUUGGAGAGUUCGAAUCAGGAAGUUGAGAACCUGCGGGAGCAGAUUCUGCAUCAUCAUCAUCAUCAACCUGUUGAAAACGAUUCGGAGCAACCGCAACAGAACGCGUCGCGGCUGGAUCAAGAACUCAAUGCAAAGGAGUCUCGUCCGAUUUCUCAGGAGUUUCAUGUCCAUCAUCAUUAUCAUUCGCCUUCGUCGUCGGUCAGUUCCAAGAAAGAGAAACAACCUAUACGGCGUGCGAAGAAGAGACGACCUCCUUUAAUGGCGUCGGGAAUGCAUAGUCCUAGAUCGCCUUCAUCAUAUCACCAUGCACAUCCCUCAUCAUCUUCUGUAUCGACAAUCAUGUCCCAGACGUCCGUCUCAAUUCCUCCGUCGUCAUCACAGCGGUAUUCUGUUCAUCCAUCUGGAGUAUCGUCACUGGCCAGUUCUCCAAUUUCGGCGUAUCAGCCGUCUUCAAUUUUUGAUGUUGUCGAUCAAAGCGAAUUGUCAAGACCAUCCAGUCCGGAAAGUCCUGCUAUGUUAAUGUCACCGAAACGACCAAUGUGGAGGGGUAAGCGCAUGUCAGAUGCUUCUUCGCGGUCGUUUUCCAUGCCUAGUGGGAUGUCUCUCGCAGGUGACUCUGAUUUCGGUGAGAACGACAAGUUUGAUAUGCUUGAUGGUGAUGAGGAUAUUUUUGAGCAACCUACAAAGACUAGUGAUGAGAUGUGGCUUCCUCCUGCCAUACCUGAAGAACAGGAGGAUGUCACCGAUAAAUCUGAUAACCAGCCCGCGAAAGAGGAACAAACAGGAGACGCACCAGGUCCGUCCAUUAUUAAUAACGUAUUCGAUGAGACCACCUUCGAUCCAAUGCAACAGCAUCAUACAUUACGCAAAUCGGCAUCUUACGAGAGUCUUCUCUCUGUCUCUGGCAUGGAUAUCCAUACCCUCCGUGAUCGACCUUCCCAGUUACUUGCCGGUUUUGAAUCGAGAUACUUCCUCCCUCGUCGCCCGCCGCAGCGCGUCGUCACAGUCGCAACUGAGAUUUCAUCUCCUGUCAUAUCGACUACAAAUAUCACAGCCGAUAAAACAACUAUUCUCUCGACAAGCAGUCAACAGAAAUCAUCGCAUUCCUUACUUGCUCGCGUAGCAGCAAAGAGUAGUAUUUCUGCUAUCAAUCCAGAGACUACAAACACUCCACCAUCGAACACUGCAUCCACCCCAAUCCCGACCAACACAAAACCAACAACAAUAACCCGCAAAGUCGGAGGAUGGGUUAUGGGUAAAUGGGGCAUUGCGCCUACCCCAGCUACAUCAUCAUCAUCAUCAUCAUCAUCAUUUUCAAGCUGGACGAAUAGUCACCAUCUCAUCCACCAAGCUCAGCAAUCAGAUGCAGCGAGUAUAUCAUCAUCCGAUACUGCCACUACUUCCACCACAACAACGCAAACCAAAACACGUCCACACUCAAAACCGGUAAUGCGAGGCUUUGGAAUUAAUCAGAAAGGGCCUAUACCUGGUUUCGUAUCUUCGACUGCUCUUCCGGCGAAGAAUGUGGUUAUUCAUGCUGAUGUUUUGGAUAGGGAGUUGUUGGAUGAGAGUUUGAAAGAGUGA